AUGUGGAGGUUUGGCCCAGUCAAUGCAAACAGGCCAAACAAGUUCUUCCGCAACUCCAAUACCAACACCAUGCAUCUUAUGUACAUCCCCGACCCGGCAAACCCGGUCAAGCGCAUCUACACGCUGAAGAAGGUCAUCGAUGGCGAAGUCAGCAAGAGCGCGCAUCCCGCUCGUUUCUCCCCCGACGACAAGUACUCGAGGCACAGGGUCACCAUCAAGAAGCGCUACGGACUGCUUUUGACACAGCAGAAGAACAUGGUCGCUGAGAAGAACUAA